CGCCGGCGCAUGUCGAUCGAGUCGCGUCCAACUCUCUUCCUCUUCUUCUCGUGCCCCCUUUGGCCUCCCGCGAUGCCGUCCCUCCCGCAGUUUAACCCGCUGCGGCUCCGCUCGUACAUCCUCCGGUUACCGCUUGCGACGCGGCUGUUAGUCGCAGCGAUAGUAGGGUUAUGGAUCGCCGCCAUACCCUUUCCCUGGCUGAGGGAACUUGGGUCCCUGAGUCCUGGCAAGUUCGACUUGACGCAGAUGCAUCGGCUCAAUCUGUUUCCCCUCACCCAUCUCGGCUUCUUCCACAUGUUCUUCGACGUCUUCGCCAUAACGCCUCUCCUUGAGCGCUUCGAAGCCGAAUUCGGGACUAUUGUUACAUUGUCGCUGUUCACCGGACCUUUUGGUCUGCUGCCAGGCGGCUUAUACCUGUUAUUGGAGAAGUUUAUAUUGAGGGGUGAUACGGCGGUGAUGGGUUCGAGCGUGUGGGUGUUCCUGCUCCUGGCGUCCGAGGCCAUGAAGACACACAAAGCGAACCCAAACUUCAGCAUCGGUCCCUACAAAAUCCCCACGUGGACAACUCCCCUGAUUCUCGUCCUGAUGACCUCCUUCAUCAUCCCGAACGUUUCCCUCCUCGGCCACCUCUGCGGUGCCGCAGUUGGUUAUGUUUGGGCGACCGGCUAUAUAAAGUUCCUUGUGCCUCACGAAAAGAUCCUGCGAUGGGUGGAGACCAAGCUCAACCUACUCGGCAGGCUACCGCAUUACGUGAGCGUGGACCAAAAGACGUACGGCCGGUACGGCGUGUUGCCUACGGCGGUGCCUCUGGGAUCUGUGGCGAGAGAGCCCAGGAGUCCAGAUGUCGGGCAAAGAUUGGGUCCAUGAUCAGGGGCGCAAGACGGAAGGGACAGGCAAUGCUCUGCGUGAUUUAUGCUAGUGGCGCAUUCCCUGAGAUUCAAGACAACGCAUUGUUGGCGAGGCGUCAUGGAGUUAUCGCAUAGAGGCUGCGCUCUACGGUGCAUCAAUAGCCCUUAUUUACGGUGCAUGUAGACAUGUGUGUAUAUUGUGUCAUAAUACGUAUUAAUGAUUUCCAUUCUCCA